AUGUGGCUCCUCUCUUACUGGAUCCUCCCCGUCAUAUCGGCGGCAAUGUGGCUAGGCAUGCUCCUCGCCAUGUUCAUCCACUGGUUCGUCAUCUCUCAACCCCAGUAUCCCUCCAUGGAAGCCAGCCAAGACAUCGCCUACAUCUCCGACGUCGGUGCCUACGGCCUAAAACCGCUCUUCAUCACCGGCAGCGUAAUAACGACCGUCUUCCUCGACCUCUCCUUCUUCGCUGAGCGCUACCUGCGACACACAGGACGCUUGGCGCGAAACACCAGCCUAGCCCAGGUAAUUCUCAGCAUUAUCAGUAUCCUGUUCGCCCUUGCCGGAUCCGCCGGGCUAGUCCUCCUAGCAAUAUUCGACACCUACCGCCAUCGACGAUUGCAUAACUACUUCCUCCUCCUGUUCAUCGCCGGCUUCAUUCUCUCCGCUAUCUUCGUCUGUGCCGAGUACCAAAGGCUGGGGAUCCACUACCGCAAUCACCGCAUCCUGCGGACAUCCUUCUGGGUAAAACUGGCCUUUAUUUUAGUUGAAGUUGCGCUUGCGAUCGUGUUUGGGGUGAUGACCUUCAGGGGUAACAGAGAUGUCGGUGCGAUACUGGAGUGGAUCAUCGCGCUCCUCUUUACAGGAUAUAUCAUCAGCUUCUUCUUUGACCUCUUACCCAGCGUCAGGACUAAACAUCGUGUCUGUCCGGGAUCUGAGGAAGAAUUGCCAAUGAGCAAGCAAUCGCGGCGGCAAAGUGGCAGUGACAGGGGAGUGAGCGUGCAUGGUGCGGGGCCCGAUGAGUAUGAAGAAGAUCUCACGCAUGACUCUGCGGGGCCGGUGCCGAAUCCGCCGUAUCCGGUGUCAACGCCUUAUCAUGAAACAAGACAGGGGACGAAUACGCCAAAUGCGUAUCGAGCUAAUGGUUAUGAGGAUGGAGUGAAUGGGUACACGAACAGGACGGGGAGGAUAUCGAGCUGGGUGAAUCGAUGGAGGAAUGCUUGA